CUCUGAGGCCACACCCCCGCCUCCCGACUCUGGAUCCUGCUGUUCUUUGUUGUCCUGAUCUGGACCCUCAGGCUCAUUUGGCGAAUGACAGAGCUCUGACUCUGUGGCACUACUGCCGCAGGAGCCGGAGGGCCCGGUUUGGUCAGGACAGACUUCAUCUACCCCAGUUAAGCCCAGACUCAGGAAGCUGGGCGUCCAGAAUGUUAACGCUUAUAUUUUGGACAGAGCCCGCCUUGCCAGGGCCAGCCGUCACCUGCUGUCCGUAGGGGACAGACGCACGGAGGGCACUGCACAGCCUGCCCACUGCUCAUUCGACAGUCACUUAGCCGUGCUCACGAGCCAGUGCCAGGCUGUUCCGAGCACCAUACAGCGUUAGUCUCAAGAGCCCUGUCACCAGCCUCAUCCCUGUCACUGCCACAACGCUGGAGUCCGGCCGCUCAGAGGCGGGAUGCUCUGGAUGCUGGUCCUGCCCGGCCUGUGGGCCUCCUGCAGCGCCCAGGCUGGGGACCAGGACGAGGACACUGUCGUGGACCUUUUCAGCGCCAGCAACAUAAACCGGAAGACCAUUGGGGCCAAGCAGUUCCGGGGCCCGGACCCCGGCGGGCCGGCUUACCGCUUCGUGCGGUUCGACUACAUCCCGCCGGUGGGCGCGGCCGCCCUGGGCAGGAUCACCCGGGCCAUGCGGGCCAGGGAGGGCUUCUUCCUGAUGGCCACCCUGAAGCAGGACCGCAAGACCAAGGGCACGCUGCUGGCCCUGGAGGGCCCCGGCGCCUCCCACAGGCAGUUCGAGAUCGUAUCCAAUGGCCCCGCGGACACGCUGGACCUCACCUACUGGCUGGACGGCACGCAGCACGUCCUCUCCCUGGAGGACGUGGGCCUGGCCGACUCGCAGUGGAAGAACGUCACCAUCCAGGUGACCGCCGAGACCUUCAGCCUGUACGUGGGCUGCGACCUGAUCGACAGCUUCGCCCUGGACGAGCCCUUCUACGAGCAGCUGAAAACGGACAAGAGCAGGAUGUACGUGGCCAAGGGCUCCUCUCGGGACAGUCACUUCAGGGGCCUGCUGCAGCACGUCCGCCUGGUGUUCGAGAACUCGGUGGAGGGCGCGCUGAGCAUGAACGGCUGUCCACACGGCCAGGGAGCUGAAGCCAACGCCAUCAGCGAGGACACGGAGACACUGCGCCUGAGCCCGCCGGGCACUGAGCACGUGGUCCCCGGUGCCGAGCACGUGGUCCCUGGCGCCGAGCACGUGGUCCCCAGCACAGAGCACGUGGUCUCCGGCACAGAGCACAUGGUCCCCGGCGCCGAGCAGAGGCCCGGGGUGUGCGAGCGCUCUUGCGAGGAGCUGAGCAGCAUGGUCAGCGAGCUGUCGGGGCUGCGCGUCAUCGUCAACCAGCUGCACGAGAAUCUGCACAAAGUGUCUAGCGACAACCAGUUCCUCUGGGAGCUCAUCGGUGGCCCCCCAAAGACAAGGAACGUGUCGGCUUGCUGGCAAGAUGGCCGGUUCUUCGCAGAAAAUGAAACCUGGGUGGUGGACAGCUGCACCAAGUGCGCCUGCCAGAAGUUCAAAACCGUGUGCCACCAGAUCUCCUGCCCACCCGCGACCUGUGCCAGCCCGACCGUGGCAGAGGGCGAAUGCUGCCCCUCCUGCUUCCCCUCGGCGGACGGCGAGGAGGGCUGGUCCCCGUGGGCGGAGUGGACGGAGUGCUCUGCCACCUGUGGGCCUGGCACCCAGCAGAGAGGGCGGUCGUGCGACGUCACCAGCAACACCUGCUUGGGCCCGUCCAUCCAGACGCGGGCGUGCAGCCUGGGCAAGUGUGACAACCGCAUCCGGCAGGACGGCGGCUGGAGCCACUGGUCGCCCUGGUCUUCCUGCUCUGCGACCUGCGGCCUGGGCAACAUCACACGGAUCCGGCUCUGCAACUCGCCGGUGCCCCAGAUGGGCGGGAAGGCCUGCAAAGGCAGCGGCCGCGAGACGAAGGGCUGCCAGGGCCCGCCGUGCCCAAUCGACGGUCGCUGGAGCCCCUGGUCCCCGUGGUCAGCCUGCACGGUCACCUGUGCCGGAGGGAUCCGGGAGCGGACGCGCGUCUGCAACAGCCCGGAGCCGCAGCACGGAGGCCAGGCCUGCGUGGGGGACGUCCGGGAGCAGCAGAUGUGCAGCCGGAGGGCCUGCCCCAUAGACGGCUGCUUGUCCAACCCCUGCUUCCCUGGUGCCGAGUGCAGCAGCUUCCCCGACGGCUCCUGGGCCUGCGGCUCCUGCCCGGCGGGCUUCCUGGGCAACGGCACGCACUGCGAGGACCUGGACGAGUGUGCUGUGGUCACCGACGUCUGCUUCUCGACCGGCAAGUCGCACCGCUGUGUCAACACCCGCCCCGGGUUCCACUGCCUGCCGUGCCCGCCUCGCCUCAAAGGGAGCCAGCCCUUCGGCGUCGGGCUGGAGGCGGCCAGGAUGGAGAAGCAGGUGUGCGAGCCUGAGAACCCCUGUAAGGACAAGACCCACAGCUGCCACCAGCACGCGGAAUGCAUCUUCUUGGGCCACUUCAGUGACCCCAUGUACAAGUGCGAGUGCCAGACGGGCUACGCGGGCGACGGACUCAUCUGCGGGGAGGACUCGGACCUGGACGGCUGGCCCAACAAGAACCUGGUGUGUGCCACCAACGCCACCUACCACUGCGUCAAGGACAACUGCCCCCACCUGCCCAACUCAGGGCAAGAAGACUUCGACAAGGACGGUGUUGGCGACGCCUGUGACGAAGAUGACGACAAUGACGGCGUCAGUGAUGAGAAGGACAACUGCCAGCUCCUCUUCAACCCCCGUCAGUUCGACUACGACAAGGACGAGGUUGGGGACCGUUGUGACAACUGCCCCUACGUGCACAACCCUGCACAGAUCGACACGGACAACAAUGGCGAGGGCGACGCCUGCUCCGUGGACAUCGACGGGGACGAUGUCUUCAACGAGCGAGACAAUUGUCCCUACGUCUAUAACACGGACCAGAGAGACACCGACGGUGACGGUGUGGGUGACCACUGCGACAACUGCCCCCUGGUGCACAACCCCGACCAGACCGAUGUGGACAAUGACCUUGUGGGAGACCAGUGUGACAACAACGAGGACAUCGAUGAGGACGGCCACCAGAACAACCAGGACAACUGUCCUUACAUCUCCAAUGCCAACCAAGCUGACCACGACCACGACGGCAAGGGUGACGCCUGCGACUCGGACGAUGACAAUGACGGGGUGCCAGAUGACAGGGACAACUGCCGGCUGGUUUUCAACCCCGACCAGGAGGACACAGACGGUGACGGGAGGGGAGAUGCUUGUAAAGACGACUUUGACAAUGACAGCGUGCCGGAUAUUGACGAUGUGUGCCCUGAGAACAACGCCAUCAGUGAGACCGACUUCAGGAACUUCCAGAUGGUCCACCUGGACCCCAAGGGCACCACUCAGAUCGACCCCAACUGGGUCAUCCGCCACCAGGGCAAGGAGCUGGUGCAGACGGCGAACUCCGACCCUGGCAUCGCGGUCGGCUUCGACGAGUUUGGGUCUGUGGACUUCAGCGGCACAUUCUACGUCAACACCGACCGUGACGACGACUAUGCCGGCUUCGUCUUCGGCUACCAGUCCAGCAGCCGCUUCUACGUGGUGAUGUGGAAACAGGUCACCCAGACCUACUGGGAGGACCAGCCCACCCGGGCCUACGGCUACUCGGGCGUGUCCCUCAAGGUGGUCAACUCCACCACGGGGACGGGCGAGCACCUGCGGAACGCCCUGUGGCACACCGGGAACACGGCCGGACAGGUGCGCACCCUGUGGCACGACCCCAAGAACAUUGGCUGGAAAGACUACACGGCCUACAGGUGGCACCUGACCCACCGGCCGAAGACGGGCUACAUGAGAGUCCUGGUGCACGAGGGGAAGCAGGUGAUGGCGGACUCGGGGCCCGUGUACGACCAUACCUUCGCCGGCGGGCGGCUGGGCCUGUUCGUUUUCUCCCAGGAGAUGGUUUACUUCUCGGACCUCAAGUACGAGUGCAGAGACGCGUAAACCGGACCUGCUGCGUUUCCAGCCACGUGCGGCCCAUGCUGUCGCCCGGACACCUCAGCGCCUCACGGACUCCGCUUCUCUCCCGCUAGCAGCACCCCCCGCCCCCCGUCCUUGACCUUCACCUCCCGUCAUCAGCCCCGAGACCACACGGUGACGCGGCCGGAGAUGAACACCCAGCCCCCGCAGGAAAGAGUCUGACGACACGCGAGACUCUGCAGUGACGAUUGUCACGACAGCACGUUUUUUUCUCGUUUGUUGAAAAGAAUGGCGUUUACAUAUAACAUGUAAUUCCUUAUUGUAUUUAUGUGUAUACGGAGUCGAAGGGACAUUGUGCGUGAGACAGCAUCGCAGAUUAAGCAGGAACAACGGCACGGCGCUCCCACAGGGCUGCAGUCGUCCCGCCACCCCACGCAGCCUCGUUAGGUCAUCAGAAGGGUCAUCAGAGGAAGGAGGCGGUCGGCCAAGGGCCCCGCAACGCAGGCUGCCCACCGACCAACUGGGACACUAGAAAUGACUCGGAGUGUAAACGAGGACCCCCCGCCCCCGCCCUCGGCCCGCGGCGAGGGGCCUCUCGCUCGCAGAGCCCACUGUGUCCAAGGACGGUCCCCGCGGAGUGGCCCCCAGGCGGGGCAGGCGUGGGCCUGGCCAGGCCUCCUGUGCGUGAGCGAGGUGCCGCCCCGUGGCCGGCCGCCCGGCUGCGUGGGGCCGAGCAGACUCGAGACAGCCCCUGGCCCCUGUCACUCGACUCUGCGUUCCAACCGCCAGUCUGCUCGAGUCCCCCCGCGCCCCCGCUCCGGCCUCUGCUCCUGGGGCCGGACGCGCCGGCAAACGGCACACGCACUUUGGCGUGUAAUUCCUGGUCUAGGCUUCGAAACCAUGGAAAAAAUUGCCUUUACUCAAUUCGGUGACACAUUUCCUUAAGGUUCCAGUUAUAAGUGUCGUGUUAAUAUUUAUUAAAUGAACACAGAAUACAGUUCCAUUCCACAAUAACUUAUUUUGAAAGUGCCAGGGAACACAUAUGUGGUAUAAUUUCCAGAAGUAAACAUAUGACUGGCAUAUAAUAAUAUAAAGCUGCAGCAAAAUAUCUUCCUGUCAAACUACAAAGCUUUAUAAUUUAUGCUGUCGUGACAAAGCACGCUGUAAAAUGUAAUAGAAUAAAUAAAUAAUAAUGAAGAGUCUAUAAUGGAUGGAACCUUAAUAUAUACCGUUGCCAGUGACUUUAAUUCAGCAUUUUUCACUGCUACGUAUCUGCUGUACAGAGGAUUUUAAAACCUGUGCCGAUGAAACGUCAGCGCCAAGUCUCGCCAGACUCAGCCGCCGUCGGCCACGCGGCCGUCCCCCAGGCGUGGUCCGCUUUUGCUUGGCACGGCAGCUCUUUCUGCAGGACCUGCCAGUCGCGCGCCGCGUCGGGAGGUGGCCUCGUCCGAUCUGCGCGGGGGCAGACCCUCCCUGGCCAUCAACAGUGGGUUCAUUUUGAUGUUAAAUAGAGAGAAUCCGUAACUUCCGUUUUAACGCCCACAUUCCAUUUGACAAAGUCGUGUUCGCUGCUUCCUUCGAGGUUGAUUUUCUUUCAUUUUGCUGCACUUUAUACGUUUUUGUGGACAGCAAGCGGGCGCCAUCGGCCUCACGCUGUGCCGAGUCUGUGGGUCCCUGUGUUUGGCGGGAGGGGACGGCGGUGCGGGGUGACGAUGUGAAUAUUUACAAUGUACCAUAUUCUUUUUGGUAAAUUAUUUAUGUUUUUAAACAAACUUCUCGUACAGAUUGAUGAAACUUCUUUGUUUUGCCAAAGACUGUAAAUACUUAUUUAUUUGUCGGCCCGGUCGGCGUCUUCCCACCAAAACCCUGCAUUCAGCUAGAGCCUCACUUUUAUACUUUAAAGACUAUUAAUAACAGAAAAUAAAUUGUAAAAGGUU